CUCUCUCUCUCUCACACUCUUUUGCACACACAUAACAAUUUCUUCUCUGACUCUGUAGGACAAUGUCAAGAUCAGUUGUAUUACUCUGAGGAGAAUAAAAGAGAGGUAUGACCAAUAGCAACAAUCUUGCUAGCUCAUUCUUUCUCGGCCAAUCACAGCUCAACAAACAGAGAUUGAACAAACACACACCCAUUGUUAAGCCACAGUGUGUGAGUGAUUGAGUAAGAGAGAAGACAAGGAGAAGGAGAAAAGAGUUACAGAGGAAUUCCAGACUCUUCCAAAGAAAAUGAAACUGUAAAACUGCGCUUAUUAUUAAAACAGGCAAUCACUUUAUAUCAAAGAAUAGGGGACUAAACAGGGAAAGCAUCUAUAAGUAAGGGAAAGGCAGUAGAGAGCAUUUGAGUCAGGUAAGUAAUAGAGCAGGAGUGGAGGAUGGAUGGCUGGUUGAUAGAGGUGCAGCGUCGGCCUGUCCUCUGUGUAUUCUGCAGCUCGCUGGCCUUCAGGCUGCUCCAAACACUGCUAAAGUUUCUGCCCAGACCUAAUGCUGUUAGCUGUGAUCCAUGGAAGAGCUAUAAAUGGAAGAAUCUCUCUGUGUCACUCGUCCACUCGCUCCUUACUGGCACCUGGGCCAUUUUCUGUGUUCUUCAAUAUCCAGCAAUGGUGUAUGAGAUUCACUCAUCCUUCACUCCUGUCUCAUACCUGCUCGUCGUCGUCUCAACGGGGUAUUUUAUUGAGGAUGCUGGAGACAUCUUGUUCAGUGGCUAUGUACGAGAAUCAUGGGAGUUUCUGCUGCAUCAUUUUCUGGUGAUCUGGACUUUCCUGUACGCCGUUCUCACGAGUCACUAUGUGGCCGGUGCUGUUGUGGCCCUGUUUGUGGAAGUAAACAGUGUGUUUCUGCAUUCACGGCUUAUGCUCAAAAUGGCUGAAGUGCCUAAAGACUCGCUCAUCUACACCAUAAAUAAGGUUCUCAACUUCACAACGUAUGUCAUCUUUCGUCUGGGAGCACAGCUUUACCUGACAAUGUACAUCCUGGUUAACUACUCUCAGUUGGACCAUGCUGCCUAUUUUCUGGCAUCUAUGAUGCUCAUGAACAUCAUGAUCCUCAUUUAUUUCUACCGUCUACUUCGAGCAGAUUUCUUCUCAAAUCACAGCCGAUCAAACGGCACACGUAAAUUUGCCCAGGACUAAAAUACCACAGGGAAAUAUUCUGAAUUCUUCUGUUUGAAGUAACAAAGAUAAUGUCUGAAUUUCACACUGGAGACUACUUUAAGAUGUCCACACUGCUGUUUCACAAAAACAAAAUCUUGAAAAUCUUUGAUUAUUUUACAUUGUGGAUUUUACAAACGUAGUGCAGGCUUUUUAUCACCAUGCUUCUCAACUCGUUACUACUUAAGUGGGUUUCUGCUUUUCUCCCACAAAACUUAGCUGAAUCAGGUAUGCUAAUUUGCCUGUAUAUGUGUGUAUGCAUGCUGAUUAGCAACCCAUUCAGGUUGAAUUCGCAGACCAGGAUAAAGUGUUUACUAAAGAUGAUAAUGUGAUUACUAAUGUUAAUAGAAUGCAUAUGUACAAUUUUAGGGUAUAAUCUUAUUUCGGCUUCUCCCAUUAGGGGUCGCCACAGCGGAUCAUCAGUCUAUAUAACCCCCUGUCCUCUACAUCUGCCUCUUUCAAACCAAUGCACUCAUUCCCCUUCUCUUCAGCGCGUACCUCCACCUCUCCAAGCUCUUCUCUCUAUUCUCACCACAAAAUCAUCCGCAAAUAUCAGUCCAUGGAGACUCCUGUCUGACCUCGUCUGUCAACCAAUCUCAGGGUGUAACAGAUAAGUACAAUAUUUAUAGUACGAUUUAUCUUCAUGCACUGAUUUAGUCUGUAGUGAGAAACAUUAAUGGUGCUCAGUUUCCACAACUAAAUAACCUCUGAACACUAAACAUGACCUUCACUGUUUCACAGAAUUCAGCCGUUAAAUAGGUCAUUAUAAUCUACUAAAAUGUAAGAGCUACUCUGAUUUAAUCCUGACUACAAACGAAACACACCUCAAACAAGUGUUUUCAUGUGUUACCUUUAUCAAAUAAACCUAACUUUGAUACA